AAUAAGUGAAUUUGACAAAACGAUUACAGAUGAUGUGGCGAACAGCAAUUGAAGCAAAUUUUCACUUAUUUUUCUUCAAAUUGAGUCGAUUUUUAUAGAGAAAAAGUUGAAAGCAAGUGAUAAUAGAGUUAGAUAGUUAGUGUAAAUAUAAACAUUAUUAGAUUUUCCAAUAAGUGGUUUUCACAAGAGCAAAAAAUGCAAAAUGUUUGGCAAAGAGAAAUGUAUCACUUUAAAGUCUGCACUCGUGUUUUUGGUUGUCUGCAGCAUAGUUUUUCCGAGUUAUUGGGUAGCGGAUGGUCUUUCUGAUUACAGGCUUUGUGCGGAUCCCAAAUGUCAAAGUAUCAUAUCUCUUGCAACGGGAAAAAUCAGCUAUACGGGCGGCGAGGAGGGUAUGGUGUCUUUUAAAAUAAAUUCUAAAAUACGAGUCAAAUCGAAAAGCGCUGGUAAAGAUAAACGCCUUUGGGGUAUCGAAGUCAAUGGACGAGAAGGUUAUGCUCCAAAAGAUUUCAUUCAGGAAUAUAAAGUUAUGGUUAGGGAUAGUGAUUUAUCAUAUGAGGUACCCGUUCCGUUACCAAGCUCAAAAGCAAAAGCUUCACCAGAAAAUCCAGAGAUUACACUUAAACCUUCGGAGAAUAUUGGCGCGUCCACAAAUGAAAUUGAGUCUACUACCACCACACCUUUAGAGCAACCGUUAGACGAAGAAAGCAUUUUACAAAAGACUAGUUCGGAUAUUCAUAAAAGUGAAGAUUUGAUACCUACACCUAAGAAAAUUGAAGUGAUCGAUGGUACUGUGAUUCCGGUGCUGGAAAAUGUGAGUAAACUUUCCAGUGAAAAAGAUGUUACCAUCAACAAUGGGGUGCCAGAAAAUGUUGCGGAAAAUAAAAAAGACAUUAUCGCAAAUAAGGACGAAGCGAUGUCAAAAGAAAAUGCUAUAGAAGCGGAAAGUAAUGUAAAGGAAGUAAGCGAAAAUAUCACUUUAAAUUCUCAAUCAUUGCUUGCUGAUGAUGAUGAUGAUGAUGAAGAUGACGACGAAGAUGAAAAUGAUGACGAUGAAUUCGACGAUGAAGGUGAAAGUGUAGAAGAAGUAGAUAAACUUCAAAAUAAAAUAAAUGAAGACAAGAAGGACUCAAUACUUCCGGAAAUAAAUAUUCCGAAUUCUGAAUAUUUGGCAAAUACUAUAAAUGAAACAAUUAACAAAUUUGAAGAUCCAACAGUGCCUAGAGACGAAUUACAUAAGAAUGAAAGUACGGUAUCCCUGAUAGAUAAAAAUGAAUCGGUUGAAGAAAACUUUUUAAAGGAUUCCGUGGAGGAGUCUGCUACAACACCUACUGCUUUCCUUCAAAAUCAAACUGAGGGAAGUGUUUUUGAGAAAGAUGUAGAAAAGGUUGACGAUUUAAGGGAAAAUGAGGUAUCUAAUCUGGAGAACAAAAUUUCCGCUGAGGACCUGCAAAAUAAAGUACAAGCUUCGUUAGUACAAGCAAUCGUUGAAAAUUCAACUACAAUCGAAGACGCCAGCGUGGAAGUCGCAACGGAGCCGUCAGUUACCGAAUCUGGUUACCAGCAUUACGUUCAUGCACGCGAUAUAGAAUUCGAUACCACAACCAUACCAACAGUAAUUUUGCCGAAUACACAGUCACCUGAAUCGCAAGUUUCGGGUUCUUCUGAGGGUCCGGUAAUAAGUAUAACGAAUAUCGACAUGGCUACAACUAACAAAGAAGUUCCUAAUGAAUCAAGCGAAACAGUACCAGUUCCUAUUUCUUCAGCGGAUGUUUUUCUGCAGGAAAAUGAACCACUUCAUACCAUCCCUGAGGAUAUCACAGCUCAAUCACUUUUGCCAUCAAAAUCAUCUGAGAUUUCGAACGAAGAAAGCGUCGACGAAAACGCAUCUAAUGCGGAACGAAAUGUGCCUACAUUACCGAUAUUACAAAUUCCAACGCAAACCCAAAGUCAAACUAUACAAGGAGAGCCAACUGCACAAGAACAAAUACAUACACCAGAACAACAGCACACAUAUCAAAAGCAACAUCAAGAUCCACUCUCGGAAUCUCAUACACAACAAAAUGAAAUUAUCAAUGAGACUGAAAUGAACACUAAGGAAACACAAAAUGUAAAUUUGGAGAGCGAGAUAUUGGCUCAAACUCCUUAUUUUCCAGAGUCAACUUUACAGAAUGACAUAAAUCAAGACAAAACCUUUGAGGCGCCAACGCUUUCAACAGUGCAUGAAUCAACUGAAAGCAAUAACGGCGAUAUUUUGAAUUCCGCUGAAAGUAUUGAAACAAUACCUAAUAAUGUCGAAGAUAUUCAAAACAAUGAUUUAAAUGUCGACAGUCAUGCACCAGUUGAUCCCGAUUCAAUUACCAAUCUAUCUGUAGAAGAAAUCUCCCACACCAUGUCUACACCGUCUAUCGUAGAAAAUUCUCCGUCUACGUCUGCACCGAAGAAUAUCAUUGAGGAGGAAUUCAAAGAGAAAGAUCAAGGACUUUUUGCCACUAUACUCGGCACUGUGAACAAUUUCCUCUCAAAUGGUAAAAAAGAAGAUGUGAGUGUGACAGAAGAUGAAGAGUUGCAACGGAUACUAUUUCCCGAUCGGAUCGCCAAUAACAAGAAAGCUAAAGAAAAUGAUCCUGAGUAUUGUGAAAAACUGUCACCAAAUGACUGUCCCUCAAGAGUAAUUGAAAAUUUGAAUAAUGCCGCGUCGACAUCUUCUAUUGCUGGUUGUCAAUUAGAUAUAAACAAUAUGUCCAUGGACAUGUUGCUCACUGUGGCGGGCAAUAAAAUGUUUGAAAUGAGUGAAUUGUUGGCAUGCCUUGCUACAGUGGCGGUUACUUGUCUUUUCUUUUUAUUCGUUUAUUAUUGUUUCUGUAAUAGCAGCCGUGAGGGCGAGUUACUAGCUAAACUGAAUGCAUUGGAGCGCAGCUUGCUGGCAACACAUAAGGAAAAUGCAAUACUAAAAGAAGACUUGAUGGGUACACGUAACAAAUUAUCUAGCAUUGAAGAUAAUUCAUUCGGCUCGAAUGAUAUGGUAAUAGCUUUGAAAAAGGAGUUGGAAGAGGAACUGUUGGAAAAGCGUCAAUUGCAAGAGCAAGUUGGAAAUUUAGAAAAGGAAUUGGAAAAUGCUGCUGAAGCUGGCUUAGAACUGAAUAAAAUUGUAUCCGAGUUAUUGAGCAAUCAAACCGGCGAUGAAUCUAUUAUAAGCAGCGUUGAAGAAUUGCAAAAGCAACUGAAUGAACAGCAAAAGACUAUUCUCGAUAUCAAUGCCAAUUUGGCUGAAAAGAGCCGGGAAAAUAGCGAACUGCAGCUUAUGAUUGCUGAACAAGAUGCACGACUCAACGGUGAAAUUACUUCUCUACAGCAGGAUAAUGACGAACUCGAAGUGGAAAAGAGUAAUUUACAAACACAAUUAGAGGAGGUGAAACGAGAGUUUGAAGUAGAUAUAAGCAAAGCACUGGAGGGUAAAAACUUUGAGAUAAAACGUUUGCAAAGCGAAUUAGUUGAGCUAAGCACAAAGCUCGAGGCGGAUCAUACGAAGUAUCAGACAAGCUUAGCCAAGGUGGAGGCAUUGGAGGAGUGUUUACGUACAGUACGUAGAGAUCCAAAUGGAAAUAUAAAUCAAGUAAUUGAUGUAGCUAACGUACGCGCUGAAUUGAUAGAUGUGCAAAAGCGAUAUGCCAGCCUAAAAGAGCGAUUGGAUACAGAAACGGAUGGCAAAAAGUUGAUCGAGGAGCAAUUAAAACUUGCAAGAAGCGAAAAUGAAAAAUUGAAACAUGAUUUCCACCAAUCCGAAAAGGAUAAGUUGGAGGCGCAAACACGUUUGGAAGUUCUUUCCAACUACUUUAAGGAAAAAGAAACGCAGCUGCAAAAAGAACUGAGUUUAAAAGAAGCUAUGUGGCUGAAACAGCAGGGCGAAACCACCAGCACUGUGGAUCGUGUAACUACAAUGCAAGAAGAAAUACAGGCAUUAAAAUCACAAAACGAUGCAUUGCGCGCUGAAAUUGAAGCACAACUAGCAGCUCACAAGGCGCAGACAGGUACCUUGGAAAAUCGCGCACAUGAAACAUGGUUGGCCGCAAGACAAUCAGAACGUCGCUAUGAGGAGGCACGCGCCGAAGCAACAGCUCUCCGCCGUAAACUUACAUCGCUAGCAGGUGUUGGUGGGGGAACUUCAGGCGAAGCAAACUUUGAAAAAUUGGUCAGUACUGAAUUGAAUAAUGCACCCUCUCCCAUACACAUGGAAUCACCAGGUUCGCCGUUAAUGGGUCGACUGCCACCACCACCUUUCCUGCCACCACCCUUUAUGGGACCACCACCACCAUUCAUGGGUAUGCCGCCACCAUUCGUACCACCAGGUGAGAUGCGUCCACCGCCAUUGGGACGCUUGAUGUCGCCACCACCAGGAGCUGGUAGCGGCGGCAGUGGCGGUAGUGCACAUUUGCCGCCACCGCCGCAACGUACCGGUCGUUAUUCACCCAAUCGCACAGAUUAUGAUGAUUACGAUGAUGACGAUGAUGAAGAUGACUAUGUCGACGAGGACGAUGAGGAUGAGGAAGAGGAGCGUAUGCGUCGUCGUCGCCAUCGACGCGGUAGUGAUAUUAAUGGCAGUUGGCAUCGUGAUGAUUCAUAUUCACCACAACCGCGCGCCUAUCGUUCACAAUCACCCACAGACAGUCGGUAUAAUUACAACGCUGAACGUGAUCUCAUUUCAACAUACGAUACCGAAACCGAUUUUGAACCAUCACCCAGAAAACACGAACAGCGCGGUGCACGUGCACCACGCGCGGGCAGCUACAGAGGCUAUUCACCCCAACCAACUGCCUCAUCGCCUUUGAAUGUGUCGGCGAACAGUAAUGCCGGUAAAAUGUAUUCAGCAACAGCGUAUAGCAAAGAAUUCUCAUCAAUCAACAUUUCUAGAAUACAUAAAUUAACGAGAGAUCAUUUGAGUUCGGGUUCGGAAAAGUCAUAUAAUUCACCAACAUCACAACGACAUGGGGGCAAGAAGGGCGGCAAGUCGGCGGUCUAGGUGACUGGACUUAAAAUGCAUUUGCCAAUUUACGAAUUGUUUAUUUGCCUAAGAGUGGGAGAUUAAAAAAUAUAUUGAAUAAGGCUAUCGUAUAGUUAAAUAAAUUGUUAUAUACCUAGGAACAGAAAAAAAUAAUGAUAAGGAGAGCAAAAUAAUAAUAUCAAUCAGAAAUAAUAAUCGCAGUAUCAAAAGUCAUACACCAAAUUAUGCAUUCAAAUACGAAAUAUCGCCAUAAUACACACACACACACACACACACACACACACACACACACACACAUACAUAAUCGCAACACAUAACGAGUAUAUAAGAAUGGUUAUGAAUGAUGUUUGCUAUCGGGAUUCCACAUUAUGCCAAACCUAAUGUAUUUACAGCAUUUCACUUUUACACUUUUUAACUCGAUAAUAAUUAAAAAAUAAAAAUUUUCGAAAUUCACCAAAAUCCCCAUUUUAGUUUUUGUUAAUAAAUUAAUAAAUAAUUUUUAUUGUAAAUGUUUGUAAACGGUUUGAAUUGCUGUUCGAUAGUGUGUGAUUUGUUUUUGUUUAUGAAAUCAACUUAUUAUGGCGUCAGCAAGCAUUUGCAGUUGCACUGUUAUACACGAAGGUUGGAGUAAUCACGAAUGUACUUCCGAAUGACGCUAGUGUAAUCAUUUUUUGCUUUUCUGUAAAACUAAUUAAGUCUAUGUUGUUAACAUAUGUAAAUGAGAGUUUUAUUUCAAAAAAAAAAAGAAAAAAAAAACAAAAAAAAUAGGAGUCAUGUAAAAAUAUCUGUCGCAAUAAAAUGAACUGAGUAUCUACUUAAUUAAAACGAAAAAUAAAAUUCAUAACUA